AUGGCUAACCCGCGCAAGACUGUGAAGCUGAAGAUCAAGAACGAAGAAGCCAUUGUGUCCGCAAUGGAACAGAUAUCUGAUCGUCUUCCAGACCUGGAGGUAUACCGGAAGAUCUACCCUGAGCCAAAACUAGGCUUGAUGCUUGUUGAUGCCUACAAGGACAUCAUCAUGCUUGCGCGAGCAGCGACAACUUACUUUCUUGGGUCGACUUGGGGACGCCAAGUGAUCAAUUUUGGAAACCCACUUGGUUUUGAGGUCCUUGAACAAAACAUGAGGGACAACUUCCGGCGUAUCCGGAUAAGAUGCGACGUCCUCCUAGCCCAACGCGUGGAUGAACUUGCGAACGAGCUCAAAGAUAGUUACGAGCGUGAAGACAGAACCAGGGUCGUUUCGUUACGCGAUGCGCUGAACAUUGGGAGUUAUCGAACCGAGGAUGCCGUGCUCUCGCUGAAGCAGUAUCGCAAGGCGCUAGCAUCCAGCUUCGAUGACGACAGACACCGCUCAAAGCUAUGCAAAUCGGAUUUGAUGGCGGAAAGAAAGGCGCGCGCCUGGCAAGAAAGUUCGUCCUGUCUCCUCAUGCUCUCGGGCUGCAAUGAAGAAGGUGUCGGUGAAGUGGCACUGUCCUGGCUAUCUCCAGUGGCUGUGGAUAUCGUGCUUGACCGGCUAUUUCAACCCCGACCAGUUGCCUUUGAGAUCUGCACCAGAUCAAGCACCUUGCAGAAUGUACUAGCGCGGUUGAUCUUCCAGCUAUUAGAAAAGAAUCCGGCAGUGGUCCGAAAAGGCCAGGACUGGUACGACAUCCAGUCGCAUAUUGCCUGGGACGGUGAUCCAGAGGAAAAGACCGAGCAUCUCUCGGAAGCCUUACUCAAGAUCAUCGAUCUUCAGACAGAGGAGGUGCACGUCGUUAUAGACAGACCUGAGCUCAGCGAAGAUGAUUCCGUGAGAGACUUCGCUUCGGGCAUGCUCCAUUUGAUCGAGCGAACGAGAAAUGUUCUGAAAGUACUGAUCGUCCAUCGAGCUGAACUCUGGAACUGGGAGGAGAACAAGCGCAGUGUCAUCAGGAAAGGUAUGAGGGAGGAGAUCUGCCAAGCGCUUCGCAUCGACCAAUGCCGGUUGGAGAGCGAUUAG